ACAGAGGCUGCAGAUGCGGUUGAGAGGACACAGGAUGAAACAGGGUACAUUAUUGUGCUCUCUAGUUCUACUGGUAACAAUAUUAUGUGCUGUACAAGCAGUAGCUGAAUACCGAUUACCAGAUGAUGUAGUUCCUCUGGAAUACAAGCUGGAUCUUCUAGCUCCCCCGGGCAAGAUUUCUUCUAACAAGGAUAGAAUGUACAACGGCAAACUGUGGAUAACUGUAGAAUGUAAAGUGGAUACAAAUGUUAUAAAACUACACAGCAAAGAAUUGAAAAUAUCUACAAAAGGUAAAAACCAACUAACAGUCACUGAAAAAGAAAAGCAAGAGAAACUCAAUGUUCAUAGGACCGAAAUGCAGCAAGAAAAUGCCCACUUAAUCAUUGAACUUUUGAAACCACUAGAAAAGGAUAAAACCUACGUUGUAUAUUUGUAUUUUGAAGGAGAAUGGUCUCAUGGUCUAAUGGAAGGAUUUCACCGUAAUAACUUUAAAGACGAGUGGGGACAUAUCAGGACGUAUGCUAUAAAAAAGAAUCGUUUUGGCGCUCAUGGUGUUUUCCCUUGCUUUGACGAACCACGAUUCAGAGCCAAGUUUUAUAUAUCCAUUGGUGUAAGGAAACCCCACAUUCCAAUCACAAAUAUGCCCCAGAAACAAGAAGAGAAUAUUUUUUCCAGUGAAAUCAAGCGCAAGAAUGUACCGAUACUGAUCAAAAUACUUCAAACACUGAUAUUGUGGAAGAGUCAAAUAUUAAGAGGAGAGUUUGGAAUAAACUGGUACACAUUUGAAGGAACUCCACCCAUCUCCCCUCAUCAAGUGAAUUUUCUGAUCUCACCUCUUCAGAUGGAUCAACUUAUGAUUCCUGGAACAACUACCCCUCUCCGUGUUUGGGCACAGGGUUCAUCCCUUAUUAACUUAAAGGUUGCUGUAGAAGACUCAAAUAAAUUUGUAGCUUCAGUGAUUUUACCCUCUGUAAAUUUCUACAAAGAUUACUUUGGCGUGAACUGUCCACUUCCAAAUUUGGAUUUGGUGUCAUUUCCAAGCUCUGGGCACGAUUCUACUUUCGGAAUGAUAAUUGAAGAGGAAAACACGCUGGUUAAACAUGCCGAGUUGAAAGAGAGCAUCAGAAUGGCACACAACGUGGCUACCAUGUGGCUGGAUGGUAUGGUCACCUUCAGUUGGUGGAAUGAUUAUUGGUUCUCCUGGUCAUUGUCUGAACAUCUAGCCACACUUGCCGUGAACCAUCUUUAUCCCGGUUGGAAUAUAGCCAGUCGGUAUUUCGUACACCAGACUUUAAACAUUUACAAGGAAGAACCCGGAAACUCUUUCCACACAGUUUUAAUGCCUAUCAAAAAUCCAGAAAGUGUUUUAGAAAACUACCUCCAAGGAGGAAUAUUUUUUCAUAAAGGCCCAGUGUUGAUUCGAAUGGUGUCCAUGAUCAUUGGAGAGGAUACUUUUAAAAAAGGAUUACAAGCAUUUGUUGCUAAAUAUCAGUUUUCAAGUGCAACAGCCAAGGACCUAUGGGAAAGUUUGUUCAACAAUGUACAGGAUCCAAAGCUUAUAAAAGAAGGGAUUAGUUUGGAAAAUGUUAUGGAAAACUGGCUUACAAAGACUUCUUAUCCACUUGUCAUAGCGACAAGAGAUUAUGCAACAAAUAAAAUCACAGUGGCCCAGCAACUUUAUGUAAUUGAAGAAAACCCUUCAGAGCACAAAGAUUGUUGGUGGAUACCGCUUACUUAUUCAACGUCCCAAAAGCCUGAGUUUAGUAAUACCAAGCCUGAGAAUUGGCUUAGUUGUGAUGAGAGAACAAUGACUUUUGAGAUCGAAGCUACGGACAAGGAAUGGGUUAUUUUAAAUAAUAAAAUGGCAGGUUUAUACAGAAUAAAAUAUGAUACUAAAAACUGGGAUUUGAUAGCAGCUGCUUUGAAACAACCAGACUUCAACAAAAUAGACGAGCUGAAUAGAGUUCAGCUACUGACUGAUUCAUGGGAUAUGUUUACUCAUGAGCUGAACUACAAAACAGCUUUUGGAAUAAUUAAUUAUUUAAAGCAGGAAACAGAUUAUUUGCCUUGGAGGGUUGCUCUUGACAGAAUUAAAAUUGUUGGAGAAAAAAUAGCCAGGAUGGCUGACUAUGAUGUUUUUGAGAAAUACAUGGCAAAUUUGAUGACCAAAGUUUAUGAAAAAGCCAACGAAUUGAGUAAAUCUAAUGAUGGGAAAACAGACAUAGUACAAAUAAACUACAUCAUGAUAGCAGCUUGUGAAUACAACAUACCUGAAUGUAAUAAGAAAGCUAAAGAACUGUAUCUAAAAUGGAAAGAAACCCAGAUUAAGUACCAUAAAUUACCUAUAAAUACACUUCAAGAUCUCAGACCCAUGGUAUUCUGCAAAGGAGUUCAGAGCGGUGAUUUGGAGUUCAUGCUGAAAUAUCACAGAGGAACUACAAAUGAAGAUGAAGAAGCUGAUCAAGUCCUACAUGCUUUAAGCUGCUCAGAAAACCCUGAAGAACUCAAAAGGUACCUUGACUGGUCGAUUUCUGACAAAUCUAUGAUAAUACCUCAGUUCUGUAUUGAUGCUUUUAACCAUGUUGUGAAAACCAGAAUUGGUUAUUCUAUCGCCUAUGAGUUUUUCUUCAGGAACUUCAAAGAGAUUUAUGAACAUGCUGGUCGAGGGGUUGGUAUCCUUAACAUGUACAUGGCUUCCCUAAUUGACCAAGUUACUUCUGAGGAGGAAUUAGAAAAGUUGAAGGUCGAUAUCAAGAAAGUCGAAGCAGCAGUCGAGAGGUUGAAUGAUGUUGAUGAGGAUCUGGAAGACAGUUUCAGUGAAGCUCGGGCUAGAUUUGAUUGGCUGAAAAAGCAUUACCCACCUUUGAUUGAAGCAAUCAAAGAGCAGUCUAAUCUUUAAUA